AUGGCGACCGCUGCCACCUCCAAACUGCCAACACCGCCAGCACUUCUGGUCAAUGGCAGCCCAGCUCCAGUAAAUGGGAGUGCAGCUCCGGUUAAAACGGAGCCAGCAGAAGACUAUUACAGAUAUACCGGAAAUGGUAUUGUACCAAUUUCGGAUACGAAUCAUGAUCUGGGAAAGCUGCUACGAGCAUAUUGCAUCGGAGAAGGUGUCAAUGGAAGAUUUUGGACUAACAUAUUGCUGGGGCAUAUCUUAACCAAACAACGAAUCAGGAAAGAGCUAAAGAAACAGAUGUUUACGCUCAGCGACAGGCAGAUAGAUGACUACGUCGAGAAGAUACAUGUCUUGUCGGAAGAAAGUCCAUCCAAAGCGUACAUCAAGGUUUUUGCGCUCCUGGCCUUGUUGAAUCGCGUUCGCGACAUCGAAAUGUUUAUAGCACAAGAGGUGAACGACGGAGUGCUGCCCAUCGAAUUGAAAUAUGGAUACGUAUCCCCACUCAAGGAUCCGGGAAAGCGCCUUCGAUGUUUCGAUGAAUGGGAAACAUACCAGCAAGAGCAUUUCGUAACAACCCAGUGGGAGAUCGACACACCAUACCUCCAAUCGACCAAGGACCAACCUCUGACCGAAUUCACUAUGCAACCACUUACUAGAAGGCCUUGGCGCAAGGUGUCAAAAACCAGUGAUGAGACAUUGGCUGGAGCCUACGCAACUGUGGUUGAGGUCGAUAUCCAUCCCACUGCACAUUCUUAUCAACAUUUGUUAGAUGGCAUCAAUCUAGACUGUGCGACCUUUGCAGUCAAAACACUUCAUCGGGACACAGAGCAGUUAUUCAAGAAGGAGUGGGAAAUUUUGAAGCAAUUCAGCGGACUGAACCAUCCUCACCUCAUCACUGCCCUGAGCGCUUUCAGACAGGCGGACAGAUUGAGCUUCAUUUUCCCCUAUGCACGUUCUGACUUUGAACGACACAAGGAAUUGUCACAGCCUCCCCAGGGCCGGAGCGGAGCCUUAUGGAUUGCAGCCCAACUCGAAGGGUUGAUCGGUGCAAUUGAUACCAUGCACAACCCUAGGCAUUUGCAUCGCCAUCUAGACCCGACUGCCAUAAAGAAGUAUUGCAGGCACAGCGAUAUCAAAUGCGACAAUGUCCUGUGCUUCCGCAAAGCAGGGACGGAAGACGAGGUUAUUCUUGUCAUCUCCGACUUUGGAUUGUCAGAAAUCAAUAGUGACAAGAGUCGAUCCAACAUUCCUAACCAAAAGGUUCCACCUGUUCCAGGAUAUCGCCCUCCCGAGUGCGAUAUCGAAGGUGGUACUAUAUCCAGAGCCUUUGAUAUCUGGACUAUUGGAUGCUUGUUCCUUGAACUCGUGACCUGGUUCUUAGGCGGACCUCAGUACGUCAAGAAAUUUGAGAAGAAGAGAACGACGCCAUUUAUCAAUGGCUCGAAGAACAACAUUUUCUUUUCUUUCAAGAAUCUGGAAUCUGGUACAUCAAAUGGGGCCAAAGCCAUACUGGUGAAGCCGGAAGUAACUGCAUGGAUUCACGAGCUUCGUCGGCAUCGCAACUGCUCCCCGUUCUUGCACGAUGCUCUUAAUGUCGUUGAGAAAGAGAUGCUGGUAGUGCUGUCGACAGACAAGAAACGUUCGUCAUCUGGGGACCUUCUCAAGGCCUUCGUUCGCAUCUCUGGGCUUUGCAAGUCUGAGGACUACACGCGAGGAAAGCCAUGGACGGAGAGAGAGCGGAGUGUAGCCCAAGAAGAGAUGGCUCGGAAUACCACUGCAGUUCGGGUGAUUCCCAAUGAGAAUGCGCGUGCUCUCAUCAACACGAACCUGGUCACGUUGCCAAUCCACCAGGGGCGAACAACACGGUCAUUGAGUACGGAUGAGUACAAUAACCUGGAAUAG